AACAACAUGCAAAGUGGACAGAAAACCCAAACUGUGAUUUUAGCGAAAAGUACUGGCUUUGUGCCUCUCUUACAUGUUUCCAUUUUACUUCAUAACGGGAGGCGCGGGAUUAUUUGAAUCACGGAGGCAAAAUUUGGGCAUCAUUGGCUGAAGAUAAGAUGAAAGAAGACUUGAAAAUAUGUCGAUGCUCUGUGACUAUUAAUUCAGACACACCUUUCACAAACAGAGGGGAUCAGUGGUUAAAAACACUGCAGUUUCAUCAAAAGAAGCUAAUGGAGGAUUUCUGUUGAUUUUUUUGUCCCUCCCAUGAGAAAGAUAAAAAAUACGAAGGAAAGAAUGUGUAUACAAAUUGAGAUAAGGGGAAGGCUGAAGAGAGUAACUUAAGCUUUCGAAUCUGUUUUCCAAGUGCUGUAAAUUCCCUAAUUCAUCAAAUGCAAAGCAUUGUUUUGAAUAAAUUCUAUGAUUUUGUGAUCAGUGGAGUUUUUUUUGUCAGCUCUAGAAGUGGAAUUUGACCUGAGUGAAAGAUAUAAAAAAGGAGAUGUAUGAUUCUUAAUUCCUGUUUUCAAAUCAACUUUUUUCCAGCGUUUUCCACUUAGGAAUACAGCGUUUCAGUCUGUUACUGUAAAUUGUAAUCCUGUGUUUUAUCUGAAAAAUCUCAGAGUUUUUACUUUCCCCCUGAUUUUAGUAUUUAUGCUUUAAUUUUAUAUUUGAGAAAAGUGUGAACAGACAAGGUACCUGCUAUUUAACUUUCAACAGGCACACUAUUUUGAGUGUCAUACCUCAGAUUACCAGUAAACUGAGUAUCUGUUAGAAUUUACAAUACAACCUAAGUCUUUUCUUUUAAGAAAAAGAAAAAUGCCUUAACAUUUUUUUUUUAACUAAUUGAAUCCAAGUUUGAUGUCUGAAUAUUAUGUUUUGUUAGGAGAUGCAUGCCUGGGGGAAAGGAACUGCCUAAUGGAUCAUGGCUCUGAUGUUUACAGGACAUACCUUAUUCCUAGCAUUAAUGUUCUUUGCUGUCUUCACUUUUGAAGAAUCAGUAAGCAAUUACUCUGACUGGGUGACUUUCAUAGAAAAUGUAGAUCGGUAUGAGAAACAGAAACUGCAAGGUCUUAGUGCUGAGCAGAAGCUGAAAAAAACUGUUCUUCAUCCAAGCUUGUAUUUCGAUGCCGAAGAUGUCCAGACAUUGAGGCAGAAGGCUCAUACAAGCCAUUUGCAUCUAUUUAGAGCGAUCAGAAGUGCAGUGACAGUUAUGUUAUCCAACCCAUUAUACUACCUACCUCCACCCAAGCAUGUUGAUUUUGCUGCAAAGUGGAAUGAGAUUUAUGGUAACAAUCUGCCACCUCUAGCGUUUUAUUGUUUGCUGUGCCCCGAAGAUAAAGCUGCCUUUGAUUUUGUUCUAGAGUAUAUGGAUAGAAUGGCUGGUUACAAAAACUGGUUGGUUGAGAAUGCACCUGGAGAUGAAGUGCCGCUUGGUCACUCCCUAACAGGAUUUGCCACAGCUUUUGACUUUUUGUAUAAUUCACUGGAAAAUGGGAGAAGACAAAAAUACUGGGAGAAGAUACGGUCUGUAAGCGAGGAAAUGUAUGAGUACUCAAAGGUUCGUGCGUGGGGAAAGCAACUUCUCCAUAAUCAUCAAGCAACUAAUAUGCUUGCCUUGCUUACUGGGGCCUUAGUUACAGGUGUGGACAAGGAAUCUCAGGCAAAUAUUUGGAAACAUACUGUUGUUGAUGUGAUGGAGAAAACAAUGUUUCUGCUCAAUCAUAUUGUAGAUGGAUCUCUGGAUGAGGGAGUAGCUUAUGGGAGUUACACGGCCAAGUCAGUGACCCAGUAUGUUUUCCUGGCCCAGCGCCACUUUGGUAUUAACAACUUGGAAAAUAAUUGGCUCAAAAUGCACUUUUGGUUUUACUAUGCCACCCUAUUACCAGGCUUUCAGAGGACUGUGGGCAUAGCGGAUUCUAAUUACAACUGGUUUUAUGGUCCUGAGAGCCAGCUGGUUUUCUUGGAUAAGUUUGUCAUGAAGAAUGGAGCUGGCAACUGGCUGGCACAGCAGAUCAGAAAACACAGACCCAAAGAUGGGCCAAUGGUGCCAUCCACUGCACAGAGGUGGAGCACGCUGCACACUGAGUUUAUAUGGUAUGCUGCAGAACUCACUCCUCAGCCUCCUCCUGACUACGGCACUGCGAAGAUGCAUGUGUUUCCUAACUGGGGAGUUGUUACUUAUGGGGCUGGAUUGCCAAACAGUCAGACAAAUACCUUUGUGUCUUUCAAGUCUGGAAAACUCGGUGGACGUGCUGUCUAUGAUAUUGUUCACUUUCAGCCAUAUGCCUGGAUUGAUGGAUGGAGAAGUUUCAAUCCGGGACAUGAACAUCCAGAUCAGAACUCAUUCACUUUUGCUCCCAAUGGACAGGUGUUUGUAUCUGAGGCUCUUUAUGGACCUAAAUUCAGCCACUUGAACAACGUGUUGGUAUUUGCCCCAUCUCCUACAAGCCAGUGCAACCAGCCUUGGGAAGGGCAGCUUGGUGAGUGUGCCCAGUGGCUGAAGUGGAUUGGUGAUGAGGUUGGAGACUCAACAGGAGAAAUUAUAACAGCCUCCCAGUCUGAGGACAUGAUGUUUGUGAGCGGUGAGGCAGCAUCUGCUUACACAUCAUCAAUGAAAUUGAAAAGUGUAUAUCGCAUUUUGCUACUCUUAAAUUCUCAGACAUUGUUAGUUGUGGACCAUAUUGAGAAGGAGGAGGACUCUCCUGUUAAUUCAGUCAGUGCCUUUUUUCAUAAUCUUGACAUUGACUUUAAAUACAUGCCCUAUAAAUUUAAGAACAAAUACAAUGGGGCUAUGAUGGAUGUGUGGGAUGCCCACUAUAAGAUGUUUUGGUUUGAUCAUCAUGGGAGUAGUCCCGUUGCUAGGAUACAAGAGGCAGAACAAGCUGCUGAAUUCAAAAAGCGAUGGACUCAGUUCGUAAAUGUUACUUUUCCUAUGAAAACCACACUUAAAAGAAUUGUUUACCUUUUCUCUGGCCCAUAUGUCAAUGUUUCUAGCUGCAGAUUCAUUGACAAUGCAAGAUCUGGAUUUCAAAUUUCACUCAAUGUAAACAACACUGAAAAUACUAUCUCUGUUGUGACUGACUAUCAGGAUUUAAAGACAAGGUUCAGUUACUUGGGAUUUGGUGGUUUUGCCAAAGUAGUUCGUGAAGACAAAGUGACCAAGUUUGGUUUAGGUACUGAAUCUUUGGAAAAACGGAUAAAUAAUAAUAGGAUGGUUUUCCCAUUUGGAUUCAAAGUGAACAUAAUUGCAGGGUUAAUUUUGGGUGUUAGUUUGGUCAUACUGGCUUUUCAGUGGCGGUUUUACAUCUCCUUCAGUAAAAUGUUGCGUUGGAUCUUAAUACUGGUUAUCACACUGUGGCUUAUUGAACUGGUGGAUGUGUGGAGCACUUGUACGCAGCCCAUCUGUGCAAAAUGGAGCAGUGACAUGACAAGGCUAGAACAUGAUAAAGGCAAUAAAGCCAAACAAUUAGAAGGAAACCCUGUUGUUUUGCCAGAUGUUAUCAUUACUUCACUUCCCGGUUCUGGCGCAGAAAUUUUAAAGCAACUGUUUUUCAAUAGCAGUGACUUCUUAUACAUCAGGAUACCUACAGCCUAUCUAGAAAUUCCUGAGACUGGAUUUGAAAUUGAUUCCUUUGUAGAUCAAUGUGAAUGGAAGAUUUCUGAUGUCCGGAAUGGUCAUUUUCGACUUCUCCAAGGGUGGUUCCAGUCUCUAGUUCGAGACACAAAGUUACAUUUACAAAACAUUAAUUUAUAUGAAGCCAGCAGAAGUAAAAUUGCUCAGCAUUCUACCAUAAGCAAGGACAAAAAGAAAAGAUCCAAAAAGAGAGAAUCUCUGUCAGAGCAAAGAAGCAGGGCAAGAACGAGUCAAGAUAAAGAUGCUGAAUAUAUUAGGGAUCUGAGGAGACACCUUGUCUAUUAUCCUAAUGCACGGCCUGUUCUCAGUUUAAGUAGUGGGAGCUGGACAUUAAAGCUUCCUUUCUUUCAAGAAAUCCUAGGAUCUUCAAUGAGAGCAUUAUAUGUCGUAAGGGACCCACGGGCAUGGAUUUAUUCAAUGUUGUACAAAAAUAAGCCAAGCCUCUACUCCUUGAAAAACGUUCCACAACGCUUAGCUGCAAUGUUUAAAUGGCAAAAUGGUAAAGGAAAAUGUAGUUUAAAUGAAGGCUAUGCCUUUGAAUAUGAAUCACUAAGAGAAGAACUUGCAAAUUCUAAUUCAGAUGCUGUUUCUGUGUUGUCCUAUUUAUGGCUAGCAAACACAGCAGCGGCACUGAGAAUAAAUGGGGACCUGCUGCCGACAAAUUAUCAGCUGCUCAAGUUUGAAGAUAUUGUAAACUUUCCUCAGAAGGUGGCUGAAACAAUUUUUGCCUUUCUUGGUGUUCCUCUUUCUCCUGCUAGCUUAAACCAAAUAUUAUUUGCCACCUCCACCAGUCUUUUCUAUCUUCCUUAUGAAGGGGAAAUUUCACCAAGUAGCAUUCACGCCUGGAAACAAAACAUGCCCAGUAAAGAAAUUAGACUGAUUGAAGAUAUCUGUUGUUCUCUAAUGGACCACUUAGGAUACCCAAAGUUUAUAGAAUAAAUGCUGCUGGUCAGCAAGAAUUUGCACUAAUGAUCUCUGACUCCCAAUUUGUGGAUAAGAAUUAGAGAAGUUUGUUUAUUCUUGUAAAAUGUGUACAGUCUGCUACUUCCAGAUAGAUUAUUUUGUGAAAAACAUAGUUGUUUUUUCUUUUUUGUUUCUUUUUUUUUUUAACUUGUAACUACUUUUGCUGCCUUUCAAAUAAAGCUAUGUGAACCUUUACAGGACUGUCAGCUGGGGAGUAUAUAGCUCAGGGGAUUAGUAAGAGGGUAUGGAGCUUUUCACCUUCAGCUUGCCAGUUUGGUUCUAGCCCAGGUGGUUAGUUCCCAAAAGUACUUAUCAUCUGAUGGUUGCGUGGUAGCUUAUAUGAAAUUAAACUGGUGGUAAUGACCGAGUUCCCAAUGGUGGUAAUUAGAGCUGUUGGACAGGUUUGCUGAUGCAUUCUUUCUGUCCCUCACUAUAGUGGUGCAAAUUAACCAUAAGCCCAGUUUUAAGGCUGUUCUGCCACUUCAGUUCUUCCUGCUUCAGUGGGAGAAAGCAGCCAGAGCAUUUGAGUGAAUCUAGUUCCUUUCUGACAGUCUGAGCAGAGAGGCCCAGGAACGGAAUGAACAUAGAUAUUAUCAAGUAUUGUUAUGUGAUAUGGUUCCUUCAGCUCAGAUGUGCCAUUUCUGUUGCGUUUUGUGCUUUGACUAAAGAGAAGACUUCAUUCUCCAGGCCUGACAAAGUGGUACCUUUUGUCAGCCUGAAGUAAACUAUCUGGAGAAAAAAGAAAUGGGACACAAUCCAAGAAACCUACAACAUCUCGCAAAAGAACAAUUGAAUAUGGAGAUUUUGUAUAAUUUUGGCCUGCCUCAUCGUGUCAACCUAACUCAAUUUUCAAGGUCGUUUACAUCGUCGCUUGCAGUGCAGCUUUAUCCUGUACAUCCUAUCUUAAGAGGUUCUGCAAGGAUUUUAUCUUUUUCUCUGAGAUUCUUCCAUCCUUCUUUCUUGUAAUACAUUUCUCUGCUGAUUCUUGUGCAGAACUUCAGAGGCCAGUGCAAAUGUUUAAUGUCAGUGGCGUAUUGUUGUUGUCUGUAUAAAACGACAAUCUAAGAUUUAGAAGACCAUAACGAAAUCUCCAGGUCUGUGUUGCUGAGGGAUGUUUUACUUCUUUGUAUAGUGUAUUUCUGCUGGACAGGCAUUGCUAACCUCAGGUUUUCUCUCGGAGGGGAAAUCUGAAAUUCCCCUUCCACCGCCACCUCACAUUUAAAUUAUGUUUCCCUUUAGUAAACUAUUUCCAAAGUCUGCUGAUUUUAUCAUGACUGAUAUUUCUUUAAAAUGGUGCUCUAGUAUAGUAUUGGUGUGGAAACAGACUUGAUGGGAUAGGUAUGUGUGUCAGUCAGAGCUCGUUUUCUUCUUGGAUCACACUCUUUAUGCAUGCCCAUUAAGAAAAGUUUCCUACUUCAACUUGCUCAGCAUUCUUUGGAAAUGCAUGCAUACUGUAAAUGUCUACAGAUGUGUAAAUCAAAUCACAAAGAGACAUCUGUUUCCUUUACCAUCUGUUUUUUAUUACAAAUGGAAUUGUCUUGAAAUAUGCUUCAACUGGUUCGUGGGAGCUGGGAUCAGAGUUUUGGUUUAUUAUAUUGAAAUAUGUGUGUAGAGUAGUUACUAUUUAUUUGGAUCAUGGACAAUGUCAAAAAUUUAGUGAGUUUUUUCCUGCAGGUUGCAGGUAUCUUUGCUGAUUUUUAAUACAGUGAAGUUCCUGCCUUUCCUUCCAACCUUAUUAUCUCCCUGUCCUACCCCACUUUCUUGCUCCUCGCAUACAUACAAUUCACAUCCUUUGCAGCAUGUUGUGAUAGAGCUCUCAUUUUGACCUAGAUGAAAGCAGCUCUUUCUCAGCCUUUCAUUAUUAUGUCAAAAUUGGCCUGUAGCAUGAUUAAGCUAUUGAUACAUUGAAGUCUCACUGAUCAUAACUUAGCUAUCAUUUUACUUUGAGUGUAAUAAGGAUUAGCAGCCUUUUUUUCCCCCUUCAUUUCUAAGUCUCACCUCUAGUAGGUGAAAUGUCACAUCAAAGAAAACAUUAAAGAAUGUUAAUGUACACUGACACGUUAGUGACACUUUGAUUUCCAAUUAUCUUUCAGGUUGGCUUCACUCUGAAGCCAUUUUUGAUUGUGCGUAAAAGUUAACCAUAUUGAUGUCUAUACAGUUUUAUGUACUUGACAGAAUAAGUCUCAGCAUUUGCUUUCUAUUUCCAGUAUUUAUGCUCUAGAAUUAGGACAAAUAAAAAGCCUUUCCCUUUCAGAUGUUUUAGGGCAGCUUCAGGUAAGAAUUAAGAGUGACUGUGUGUUUGUGGAAGUAGGAAGAGACCUUUAAAUCUCUUCCUAACAGUGCUGUAUGAAAUGUUAACAACAGACGAUAAACAAGCUUUUUGUUUGUUUCUGAGAAGCUGGGGUAGAGAGGGUCAUCUGUCAGUAGGUCAUCCCCAUUACUUUGAGAAUACAGGUUAUCCCAUGCAUAUAUAUCCAUAAUACAAGUCAUUGCUGUCAUUUGUUAAAUGCAAGAUUCAUUUCUUUACUGUACUUUCCAAGUCAAAAAUGCAUAAUCUAUUAUUCAGAUUUGGUUGCGUUGUGUGUUCCUUACACAGAUGUAAUAAGAUAGUAGAGAACUCUAGUCUUUAUUUUUGGAUCUUGUUGUGAGGGCAAAAGUAUUAAAACCAUUAUCUUAAAAAUAUGUAGAAGGAAAGGCAAUGUCUUUAAAAAGAACAGGAUAGGAAUACCCAAGAUCUGGCAAGUCUCCAAGUAAUUUUUAGUCAUAUAGCUGUUUUGUUGUGCUUUGGAUGAUACGUUACAUGACCCCUUGAGCAGUUAGUACCAGACAAGAUGCAUCCCAGCUGUAGAGUUGAUUGAUUGACUUUGUAUUGAAAUUGUGGCCUUGUACCCGAAUUAAUAGCAACCCUAGGCAUGGACAGUAGAAAGCUGAAGAAACAUGCGUAUGUUUGAAGAGAAUGCGUAUUAACAGAUCCAGAUCUAGGACUUUGUAGAAUAAAUUUUAGUUGUGAGAUCCAUUUCAUUUAUAGAUAAAAUUGACAAUUGUGAUUUUGAGAAGUAGGAUUGCUGUAAAGGCCUGGUAGUAAUAAUAAUAAUAAACACAAAACUUGCCUCUCUCUAUUAAAAGAUAAAUUCCAGUUUUAUGUCUGUGCUGAUCUUAAGUCAGAUCAGUCAUUAAAUACUUUUUUUUUUUUUUCUCCUCAUGCAAACAUUCCUCUUCAUACUAGUGUGGCUCACUGUAUGAGCAAGGUGAGUGAAAUUAUAUAUUAUGAAAUGAUUUUUGAUGUUGUGGGGAGUUAUUCACAAAAUUCACUUCUAUCACUAAUAUCCAGAGAAAGAAUAGUCACUAAGCAGGCCCAGACAUUAAUCUCCCCUUUCUCCCUAUAAAGGGACUUUAUAACUUUCAAUAAAACUUGCGAAUUAAAUUAGAUUUUUGUGAAAAGCAUAUCUAUUUAGGUAUGUUGGAUUGAAGAGUGUUCUAGUACUUUCAGAUAGCAUUUCAUAAAGAUGGUCAUUUUAUCUUAAACUUGCUUUCUAUUUCUCCCUGUUUUAAAUGUUGAUAAUUGUACUGUGUUAUAGUCUGAACUGCCACAUUAUGAGAGAGCUAAGAUUUUGACGUAUUUUUAAAAUUAAGACUUUAUUUAAAUAUUUUUCUCAGGAGCAGGUGUGGAAGCCUAAGAAAAAUUAACACCAAGAAAACAUUUCGAUUGUUUAUUUACUCUGUAACUAAGUUAUAUUGGCCUUGGGGAGAGGCACAUGGGCCUUGGCAUUCAAAGUUCCGUGAAAUAGCAUGAAUCUGCAAUCUUUGAACAUACCUAAAUGUCUCUAUGGUUCCCAGUGUGGAUUUUCCAAGAGCAAAGUCUUUGGAGAUAAGCCUCAAUAUCAUGAUCAGGUUGGUUCCUUUCUUGCUAUUAGCAUGCAGUUGGCUCAGUCCUCUUGUUGGAUUAAUGCUUGGACAGUUAGGAUCAAGAGCCGAAUUUAUGGAUCAGAUCUUCAGUUACAUUUAACUGAUAUAGCACUUGACACUCUAAUACUAUUCUGCUGAUGUUAGAGUGCAGAGUAAACAAGCAAAAAAUGCACUUCGGGUUUUAUAAAGAUAUUGAGUAAUAACUGCUGUGCAGAUCUGCUUGUCUUGGAUCAAAUUCUUUUUGUUAAACGUAAAAAAUGGCUUUACUUGCUAUUGAAAUUUCACCAUCUGACAAGCCAGAAGAGCCCUGGCCCCACUUGGUCAUCAGUUAUUAUUAGUCUUAAUGUUACUGUUUCACUGAUCAACAUGUUCAGACAUAAUCUGGAAUAUAGCAGUAUAUUUGCUUAAAACAUUGGAAGUGCACUAUUCAGUGGAAAGGAUAAAAAUAAAGUACAUCAGUAUAUCUGUAAGUUUACAAAAGAUUAGCCCUCUUGUGAGCAUCCAUUUGUUAGGUUCCAUAUGUUAGAAUAUUUUAUAGCUAAGGGUCUGAGAUAUUUAUUUGAGGAGACUUAAAAAUAAUUUAUCAACUUACUUUAUUUUUUAGUUACACAUACAGCUAUUCUCCCCAAGAAUAAGUACUGGAUCAAAACUGUUCCAUGAUCAGGUCGUCAUAAGUAUUCCUUCCUUUCUCUGGACUUUCUUUUAGUUUUGGUUUGGACUAAAAUAUUUAUCAUGAGUGAGCUGUUUUUCUGAGUUAGGAGUUUGUCUCAUAGUCUCAAAUUCCAUUUUAUUUAAUUUGUGUGUGGAAUAUCAUGCGCUGCAUUCAGAACUGGAUCUUAAGUAAAAUGCUGUCAUGCUGACCUUAAUGAAUAUUGUACCAUUGACUUGAACAGUACCAAAAUGCUCUCAUAUAUGUUUCUUUCUGGAAGAAACUGUGCAAAAUUUGUUGACUAAAUAAAUAUCUCUAAAUUGUUCUUCGUUAACCAUUCUGAGACAAGGUUAGCUGGUUUUAAAAGUGUAUAAAUGAUUUAUCUGGGGAUUUUUCUCCCUCUUCUGUAAAUAAGUGUCACCUUCUAGAGAAUUAUCAUCUACCUAUCCUGAAUAUUUCAGAAGAGCAGAAAUUACAGGAAGUGAAUACUUCAAAUGAUCAUGCAAAUUACUCUUCUUGAUAUCUGAUGAAUUAUGAGAAAAGGAAAUGCAUUUCAAUAGUGUGAAAAAUAUAAAUUAUUCUAUAACCCCUAUCAAAGCUACCUGUAGACUAUCUGAUGAAUUUUUAAAUUCAUGAAAUGAGGUAUAGAAAUAAACAAGUACUUUAAAUAAUGUAAGAAGAACAGUGUCAAAUGUCAGGACUUUGAUUUUCAUUACAGAGUAGAAAUUUGCUGAUACAUUAUCUGCAAUAUUCUCAUAAAGGAUGUGAACGGGUGAUUCUGUGCUAUCUCAGAAAAUAUUUAAUAAUGGAAAAAUGCUGUUUCACAUUAUUAAGAUGAUAUUGUUCUAAAUUAAACUAUACGUCUUUGAAGCCGACAAUAUGCUGAGAGUUAUAUGUAUUGUAGGAAAAUAAAGACAGUCUAAUUGCUUUCACACUUGUCUAAACGUGGAAAGGAAAGGUUUUUUACUUAUGCUAGUAUAACCUCAACCUUUAGUUUACUGCCUUUGCUGAGAAAGAUAACUGUGGUGCAUAAGAACAUGACCUAAAUUCAUCUAAUCUCACAUUAGAUAUUUUAACUGUAACACCUAAUGUAGGUGCCUUCUCACUCUAGAAUCAAUGGAAAGAGAGUGUUGUCUUCAGAGGUGAAUCAGACAUUACUUAUCUCUUCGUAAAUCCUCAAAAGCCUAGGGUGAUUAAAGUCCUCCUUUAGAUGCCUGCCAAAAGGCCUAACAUGAAGUGGGGUGAAUUUGGAUUUAACUGUGUAUGGUUUUGUGUCUUAAAUGAUUUCUGUGGCUGAGCAGUUCUAGUGCAUACAUACACUGUCAGAGAAAAUUUUAUGAAACAUCAUACAUAAAAUAAAACUUGUUAAUAAA